CAAACGCGUUGACACACAAAGUUCCGAGACAGCCGUUGGCCAGUUUUUGCCGUAACGAAUUCACAUUGAUAAAAUGAUUAAAUGUUACAAGGGACACGGCUAUCAUACAUAUAAUAUAUAAACAAAACGGUCUAUACACUUAACAAUAUAUCAUCUACAUUGCUUUCAGCUUAAAAUUCCACUUUAGAUAUACUUUUUUGGUUGAGUACUUCGUCGCGUCCCCUUUAAGUGGUGUUGGGUGUAGGCUGUGAAACUCAAAGGAAAGCUAAAGACUCAAACUGAAGGUUUUGGUGAGGAUCGAGGGCUGGAUGCGUUCGUCAUGGUAAAGGAUGUUCCGGAAAGUCAAAAAGCGCCACAGUAGCAGCAGCUCGCAAAGCAGUGAGAUCAGCACCAAAAGCAAAUCUGUGGACUCCAGUUUGGGAGGGCUCUCCAGAUCCAGCACCGUCGCCAGCCUUGAUACAGACUCCACCAAGAGCUCAGGUAACAGCUCAUCUGAAACAUGCGCUGAGUUCCGGGUGAAGUAUGUGGGAGCCGUUGAGAAGUUACAGUUCGACAUGAGCAAGACGCUCCAGGAGCCUCUGGACCUCAUCAACUAUAUCGAUGCGGCUCAGCAAGAUGGAAAGCUGCCCUUCGUGCCUGGAGACGAAGAGAUGAUUCUGGGAGUGUCAAAGUACGGAGUGAAGGUGGCCUCGCUGGACCAGUGUGAUGUGCUGCACCGCCACCCUCUGUUCCUGAUCGUGCGCAUGUUGUGUUACGAUGACGGCCUCGGCGCAGGGAAGAACCUCCUCGCUCUCAAAACCACCGAUGCAAAGCAAGAGGAGUGCAGCAUCUGGGUGUACCAGUGCAGCAGCUCGGAGCAGGCUCAGUCCAUCUGCAAGGUGCUGUCGGCUUCCUUUGACUGCGCUCUGACAUCAGACAAGUCCUGAAAGAAGGGAGCUAAGAUGCUGUGAGUCCAGAAGAGAAAAGAAACAACUGCAAAACCAGUAAAUCAGAAGAUUGCAAAAAAACAAAUUGCAAACAUUUCCCUUUUUAGUUUAGGGGGGAAAAAAGCGUUGGAAUGAAGUGCACAAUAUAAAUGAAUCAUAUUUAAUGUAAAUUAUGUUAGAAAACGGUACAUAGUGGUGAUUCCUGGGAGACAUUCACCAGUGGAGAAACUAUAAUGUGCUCACAUUUGACGACAUGCAGUUUCUCUUCAUGUGGAAAUCACUCAGAUCUCGUUUUGAAGUUUAGAUUUCCUUUUGUGUGUUUUGUUGUGUUUGAGACAAACAGUAUUAUAACAGUGAUCACUUUUUUUCGACUCGAAGGUACUUAACGCAAAGAUGCUUUAACUGUGAGAGGAGUCAUACUUUGUUUUUGAUUUGUGGUAUUUACUCAUUUUAAUGACUGUUUUGACUUUUAUUGAAUCUUCAUUUAAUUGUCUUUUUACUGCAAGUUUUAUGGUACCAAAAGUGUUUUCUGAUUUGAUAAAUUCUUGUUUUUAUGUCGUGAUUAAAAUGCAUUAAGUCCAUUAAGACUUGCCGAAACCACAUAAAUCCUAAACGUCUGUUUGAAGCAUAUGAAAGGUUGUUUUAGAGGAAAGCGUGUUUACAGUAGUGGUACUUACUUGACUUCACCUUGUACAUAAUAAUAACAUAAUUCUGCCUUUUCAUCAUGGUCCUGUUAAGAUUGGGUUGAACAUGUGACAUUUAGGACUGUGAUCUGGUACAAUAAAGGAGAGAAUGGCUUUUGUUUUAACUCAUUAAAAGUGUUAUUUCUCGUUACAUCUUUA